GACAUAAGCUGUGACCAUGAGAAGACAUGAUGGACGAAUUUAUGGGACAUCUGGUGCUGUCAAGUGUCAAAGAGGUGACUGUUGAAUUGACAUUUUGUUUUCAAAAUAAACAUCAGUCCGCUCCCGAGACAUUAUUUCAUAUUAUACUGUGGUAUAAUUUGCUAAUACGAGUUAACGCUUUAUUUUUACUGAUACGAUGGAACUAGGCGGUGAAAAUGUAGAUUUUACAAAAUUAAUAAAUGUCAAAGGUAAUAUUGAAAAUAUUACACCUCAUAAAAUAGCAGUAGUAGCUUUUAUACGAGAAUAUGGUCUACUGAAAAUUGAAGCAAACAAAAUGAUGGAUUGUACUGUGGCACCAAAAUAUAGAAAGGAUUUCUGUAUGCUGGCUCUUAAACUGAUUCAGUGCCCAGAUAUGGAAUUUAAGGAGUUAGAGGCUUUGCUAACAGAUGGUCGUUAUAAUUUGCUUAGUGUUCAUCUGCAGAACUUUUGUGUUAGACUUCAGAAUAUUUAUGUUAAUGGAGUUAGUGCUCUGACAGACUGUGUCACCUCAACAAUAGACAAGCUGAUGAUUGAAUCUAAUCCUUGUAUUAUGGCCAGAUACAGUGUUUUAGGAUUGUAUUUAAGAAGAAUAUUACUUCAUCUAGAUAAGCUAACUUUUGUGCAAGUUGUGUCACUUUACAAGUCAUUCUGCCUUUAUUACCAGAGGGGCAGGCCUGGUCUUAUGAUGAGAUCAUUAAGUAAAGAGAAACUAAACAACAUGGAUCAGCAGGCCACAACCACAUCUCCCGUUAUACCCGAGGAAUCAAAACCUUUGGAGCUGUCAAUGCGAAUGAAUAUAGUAGACAGAGACAAUUUUGAAGAAUGCCAAUGGUCAAGAAAGCAAGCAGAAUUGUUUACAGCACAACAAGCAAAUUUAUUACAAAUAAACGAAAAGAAGGCAAUGCCACCUAGACAGUUACAGAAAACAAUUCUACAAAUAAUGAAUGAUAUACCAGAAUAUGCAGAUAUUCAUUUCCUCAGUUUUUUAAACUGCAUUCGUACAAAGGAGUUCAGUGGUGCUCAGGACUCUCUAUACAAUUUUUUCGACCGUACCAUAUUACUAUCAGGCAAUAACACUGGCAUCGAUAGGAAUAAGAACUUCCGUUAUGCGGCAUUGAAUAGGGCCGCAAUGCACACUCAUUUCGGUCACCGCCCGCGCGCAGGAGGCUGCGGACUACGCGUGCUGGUGGGCGCGGCUACGUGGGGUGCGCUGGCGGGCGGGCGCGCGCGCCGGGCCGCGCUGUUGACGCGCGCGCCCCGCGACCCGCCGCCGGGCGCGCCGGCCGCGCCGCUGGCCGCGCCGGCCGCCGCAGCGCCCUCGCACCCGCGCUAUACUGCCGCUGCCGCACAGCUACUGGCUCAACACGCUGCCGUUAACGGGGCCAAGCCUGCCUACAUUUUUCAGGUCAUUAUGCGAGGAGAUUCCAUCAAUUACCUGCACUCGAUGACGGACCUCACGAUGGCAGGGCUUGCUAAUACAGCCGCAUUAUGGGCCUUGUACGGAAAAACUGAAAUGGCGUCAGUCGCCUGUCAACUUCUUCUCGAUCUCAACACGAAGUGCAACGUGGGCAGCGGCGUGGUGGGGCACGUGACGGAGGCGCACUGGCUGGGCUGGCGCGGCGCGGCCGACGUGGCGGCGUGGCGCGGCGCGCUGCCGGCCGCGCUGGCGCUGCAGCAGCACGCGCCGCCCGCGCCGCACGCGCGCCUGCACGCCGAGCGCGCGCUGCACAAGGGUACAGACACACUGCCGCACGCCACCGACAGCUAUUUACGGUCACUCCUAAAUGAUUCUAAACCGUUUCAGGCAAAUGGGAGAAGCAGAACAAAGUAUAAGACAGUUGGCGUCAUCCAACAGAUGGGAGAGUCAGCUCCUUAA